AAAAAAUUUGAGACUUUUCAAAACAGACGCGGGAAACAGGUCUUUUUCUCGAUUUUGGAUGGGUAGUAGUAGAUAUUAAGUAUUAACGGUGAUAUGACACAUGCCUGCAUUUUCACCAUCACAAGGACAUUGAAUUUGAAAGUGGAGGAAACUUUGUUCUCCGGCAGAAGCUUUGUACCAGAGGUGAUUUCUACUUUCCCGACAAAAUUUGGAACUUGGGCAGCUUGGUUUUCGUUGAAGUCUAGCUUGGAUUUGAGUUUACCUUUUAAGCCUUUGAGACUAAUUCAUAUGGAGAACAAAGAGAGCAGCAGUUCCAGAGGUGCCUUAAUUGUUUUAGAAGGUCUGGACCGUUGUGGGAAAACAUCGCAAUCUGGCAGAUUGUACAAGUACUUGGAUGAGCAGGGACAUUCAGUUGAGUCAUGGAGAUUUCCUGAUAGAAAUACAGGCGUUGGGCAAAUGAUUUCUUCAUAUCUUGCUAACGAGUCGCAGUUGGAUGAUCAUGCAAUACAUCUUCUCUUCAGUGCAAAUCGUUGGGAAAAGAGAUCAUUAAUGGAGGACAAGCUGAGGAGUGGAACUACUCUCAUUGUUGAUCGCUAUUCUUAUUCUGGGGUGGCAUUUUCAUCUGCCAAAGGACUUGAUAUUGGAUGGUGUAAGGCUCCAGAAAUAGGGUUGUUAGCUCCAGAUCUGGUUGCAUACCUCGACAUAUCACCUGAGAAAGCUGCUGAAAGAGGAGGUUAUGGAGGUGAAAGAUAUGAGCAGCUUGAGUUUCAGGAAAAGGUCGCCAGAUCUUACUCAGCUCUUUGUGAUCCCUCAUGGAAGGUUAUAGAUGCAACCCUUCCAGUUGUAGAUAUAGAGAAAAAGCUCAGAGAAGUUGUUCUUGACUGUAUGAUGGCAUGCCAGAAAGGGAAACCGUUGUCUCAGUUAUGGCCAUCGCAGGUCAAGCCUACAGAAUGUCAGCAUGAAUGAUAUCUGUAACUUCUUUAUUACAGUAUCUUGGAGUUACAAUUUACUGUAUAUUUUAUCUUCUACAAGAUUUGCUUGGAAGUGUGAAAUUGCUCCAUGUUUAGAGGUCCCUGAUAUCUGCUUGCUGCGAUCUUAAGGGGCAAGUAAGAAUUUGAUUGCAUUGAAGAGUGGGGUAAAGGAUGAGUUCUAUAUACCAAUACCAUCUUUAGAUCGUACUUGAGUGUCUGAAAUACGUGUUUCUGUUUUCGGUUCAAUCCUCACAAUGACUGUUUUGUUGAAUCAAAUUUGAAUGUUUUGAUUGA